AUGACUACACCCAGGGUCUUCAUCGUCCGCCAUGGCGAGACGGAGUGGUCCCUUAGCGGGAAGCACACGGGCUCGACCGACAUCCCUCUCACGGCCAAUGGCGAGAAGCGUGUCAGGGCGACUGGCAGGGCGCUCGUGGGAGACGACCGGUUGAUUGUGCCGAAGCAGCUGGCUCAUAUAUACGUAUCCCCCCGCCAAAGAGCCCAACGAACCUUCGAGCUGCUCAACCUGGGCGUCAUGGACCCCCUGCCCUGGAAGCAGCACGGCCAGAAGCCCGAAGACGUUGGCCCUGAGUGUACCGCCAGGGUGGACGUCACCGAGGACAUCCGGGAAUGGGACUACGGCAACUACGAGGGCAUCACGAGCCCCGAGAUCAGAGACCUCAGGGAGACGCAGGGCUUGGAUCGUAACUGGGAUAUUUGGCGGGAUGGGUGUCCGGGUGGCGAAAGCCCAGAAGAAGUCACGGAGCGAGUCGAUCGACUCAUCAAGGACAUUCGCGACCGGUGGCACGCGCCCUGCGUAGGAAAGCCCAAGGGUGAAGCACCCUACGGUGAUGUUCUCAUCGUUGCCCAUGGCCAUAUCCUGCGCGCCUUUGCACUGAGAUGGUGUAACAAGACGCUGCAGGAUGGCCCGGCCUUCCUGUUGGAAGCAGGUGGUGUUGGGCUUUUGAGUUACGAACACCAUAAUCUUGAGGAGCCGGCUAUUCUUUUGGGUGGUGCGUUUAUGGUCUCUUGA